AUGUCCUAUAAUCGUGUUAUUCAAGAUUCUGACGACGACGAUGAUCCUCUGGAGCUUGUCCCCGGCCCGCCAGACUGCAUGCCAGUUAUGAAUGGUGAUGAUAUACACUUCGAACCCCAGGAUGUUGGUCAUGGAUCACAUAUCGGUGUAAAUUUUGAUGAAUUCAUUCAGUCGCAAGAUGCGGCACAUGCGACCAUGACUGCUUCCCAGCAGCAAAGGGAAGAAAGAUGGAUACCGGAUGUGGGUAAGGGUGGCUCAAUUGGAACAAUGAUGACCGAAAUCGGUCUUGCGCAGCAACGGCUUUUCGACGAUGACCAAGCGCAGUUCGCCUAUCCGGAAGCCCCGCAUUUACAGCAAGAUACGACAGUUGUGUACGGGCAGGAUCCGAACCUAGGGGUUGGACCGGAUCAAGGUGGAUUUGUUCAAGAGACGAACACAUUCCCACAGCCAGCCCCAAGCGAUGACUGGUCACAAUCAGCGCCUUCAUAUAAUAUCUUCGAAUCGUCAUUACGCACCUCCUCUUAUCCACUAGAUAGAGCUGAUUUUCUCCCUGGCUCAGAGGUCACUGUUCGUACUGCAGCUCUACAGAAUACCUCUCCACGACGAUGUGCUUCCAUGCAUGUGGCAAUCUCUUCGCCCCACGAUACAGAGCCGUUUUCAUCCGUUAUAUCCCCGAAAGCUUCAAGAGCCAAAAGUGACAACUUUAGCGUUAAUGCCGUGCAGCCGUCACCGGCUAGUAUCGACGAACUAGCCUUACCAGUGGCUAUCGAGAUUCCGCAGAAGGUUGAGAAACGAGGGCGUAAGAAGAAGCAACAGCAGCAGGUUAUUCUAGACCAUGAUGAGGACGACGAGCUCUCCUAUCCGAAAGUCCAAGAUCCCCCUCCUAACAAACCUGAGAAGCGCAAACCAGGGAGACCCCCCAAAACUCCUCAGUCGGUUCCUUUGCCCAGUAGAAAGGAAGAUGGGGCAACUUUAGGAGAGGCAAAUUCUACAAUUGAUGGCUCAAUUGGGACUUCCAUACCCUCACCUCAAAUCAUCGUCGAUGAAUCGAACACUAAGAGUCAUCCCCCAAUUGCCGUACUCGCAGCGACGGAAGGUCCCUCAAUAGAAAUCCUCGCGACGACACCCACCAGAGAAACCAAAAAGAAGAAACUGAAACGCGGCAAAACCACCUCCGCAGUGCUCACGAAAACAUACGAAUCGGAUGUCGAAGACGAUGUAAUCUGGGUAGAUGAAAGACCCGUGAUGCUCUCAGCUCACAUGGAUCAACAACCAGCUCUCAAUCUACCCGAGACAACCAACAGCAAUCAAAGGAACGAACAGGGGCCUGCCCCAGAACCAGCCCCCGCUCCCAAGAAGCGCGGCCGGAAAAGAAAGCAGACAUCAGAACAACUAGACGAAGAAACAAACACAACCAAUCAGCACCAAGAACAACCUAUUAUUCUACAAGAAGCAGACGCGGAACACCCCCUAGAGAACACCAACACCAACACUACCACCUCCACAGGUUUAUCCAUUGUCUUCGAAUCCACCUCCAAACCCACCGACCCCGAAACCCUCGAACCCCCAUUCAUCACCAGCACCAACCCCAGAGAAUCCACCGAACCAUCCCAACCCCCCGAAACCCCUAAGAAAUCCGCAGGCCCUCAGACCCCUUUAGGCAAGGGCCCAAGACAGCAGCACAGUCCUAUCUCUUCAACCACCAAGGUACCGUACCGUGUCGGACUGAGUAAAAGGGCGAGAAUCGCGCCGCUGCUGAAAAUUAUCAAACGAUGA